UCCUGUGCAUUGCUUAGAUUGCAAUGGAAGAUGCAGAGGGUUACAUGGUAAUAGAACCUUCCAGACAUACCUACAUGGACGCUUUAUCCAAGAAGAUGGAAGGUCCUUCGAAAUGCUGCCGAAUCACACUCUGGAUCAUACUGGGAGUUAGCAUUGCUUUGAAUGUGGCCCUAAUAGUUCUUCUGAUAGUAUUUCAGGCAAAAAGUGUUUUGAACCCAUCAACUUCAACCAAUGCAUGCGAAUUGAUCCCAGGUAGUGCAACAGAUUCUGUGACCUUUGACCCAGACACUGCUCAUCGCCGCCUUAUCAUUUCCAGCAAUCGGAAAACUGCGUCAUGGGGAGCGGAAGAACGACCACUUCCAGAUAGCGAUAAAAGAUUUGACAGACGGGUGUGGGUUCUGGGCCAGAAUGCGUUUCAGUCAGGAAAACACUGUUGGGAGGUAGAAAUAAAACACAAUGGAGAAUGGGGUGUGGGAGUUGCCAGGGGGUCAGUGAAGAGAAAAGGAUUGACUGCUUUUAGCCCCCAAGAAGGCAUCUGGGCCAUUGGAGCAUAUGGGGGGAGAGAAAAUUACAUAGCUUUUACUGAACCACAACACACCAGACUUCCUUUUGGAAAGAAGCCCUGGAGGAUUCGUGUGUUUGUGGAUUACAUCUAUCAACAGGUAGAAUUUUUCAACAUAGAAACGAAAGCUACCAUGUUCUUCUUCCCAAACGCAUCCUUCUCGGGAGAAAGAAUCUACCCCUGGUUCCGGGUUUGGGAUGGAACUGAGCUGGCCCUUCAUCCCUAAUGCCCAGCCCUUCAUGGAAAAGGGAGCUCCUUCUCGAGCAACCCUGCUGGCUGGGCACGGUGGGCGAGCUGUGUGGUCUCACACAUUUGGAAGGUGGCCCUGUAGGAUGCACUACUUGGGAUUGUGAACAGGAGAACGGAGCUGUAAAGCAGGUUAAUGGGGUGUGAAGGGAAUGGG